AUGGCACCCUUCUUGAUAGCUCGACAGACAGAAAACGACACUAUACGCGAUGCAUUCACUCCAACCGAGGAUCAGAAAAUAAUCUUGAUUAUUAUAGCUGGGUACACAGGCGCCAUCCUGCUAUUAUGGAAUAUGCCUAUUGUCAAGAUCAUCCUUGCACCGUUCAAGCUGCUAACGGUUGGAUUACAUGAAUUCUCGCAUGCGUUUGUUGGCUGUUUGACGUGUGCACGGAUCGAAUCCAUAGAAAUUGACCCUGACGAAGGUGGCGCUACGAGAAUGCAAGGCGGCAAUGCCAUGUGCACACUGCCUGCAGGUUACUUGGGAUCAUCCGCUAUCGGGGCGAUCCUUGUCAUGUGUGGAUUCAACAUCUUGGCGUCCAAAAUCGCAUCCAUCUUUCUUGGCACCUGUCUUUUAUUAACACUGUGGUGGGCGAAGAACUGGCUCACACGCGGCAUCGGGAUUGCCUUUAUUGGCGUCAUGCUGUUGCUUUGGUACAUUGCGCACGGCGUCGGCUUGAAAUACUUUGUUUUGUUCAUGGGCGUCAUGUCGUGUCUCUAUUGCUUAUGGGAUAUAUUGGACGACUUGGUGUUUCGUAAAGCAUAUGAAUCAGAUGCAUCCAAGUUUGCCGAGCUGUAUGGCUUGUCAAGCCGAGCGUGGGGCGUCAUCUGGUUUCUGAUCAGCGUCCUGUUCUUUGCUGCAGGCAUCAUAGUCGGCCUAGUUGCAUUUAAAGAGGACCGUGAAACGCAGGAGCGGCAGGCAGAAGGAUUUGGAUGGUGA